CACAUCCAAAAUGACAUUCGAACUAAUUUCAAGCCAAGAUUUUCGAGCUACAGCUUAUUUUCCUAAUAGCAGGCCCCAAUUAUUAGAUACUUUCUCAAAUCAGCCCUCAACCAACAAGAGCUGGUAGUUAUUCUUGGAGUGAGGUCUAUUAAAUGUGCAUCACUAUGACUAAGAGAGAGAAAGUGACAGAGCUAGAGGGAGAAAGCUUCCAUCACUAUUUUUGGUCUCAUAGGUAUCCUUUACUUGAACCGCAUGUACCCGGUGGACCCAAGCCCUUCUGCUUCCAUCUUUGUUUACCUUUCGCUUUCUUUCACCUCUGUUUCUUGAUUAUCAAUAAUCUGCUUUUUGACUCUUAUCCUUGUAUCUAUAUGUGUAUGUGUAUCUAUACAUCUCAAUUAUUCAAAACCCACAAUGAGAAAAUGAUGGGUACCCAACAUAACAGCCUGCAGGUUUUUUUUCUCCCAUCUUUUUUGUCUGUUUCUGAUACCCUUUUUGCUCAAUUUGAUCCCUUCCUCUCUGUCUUCUCUGUCAUGCAUUUCUCAUGACCAUUCCGCUUUUGUUUCAAGAUUUGUGUGUAUGUGUGUGUGUGUGUGUGUGUGAGAGAGAGAGAGAGAGAGGGUUUUUUUUUCAAAUUUAGUUAGUGAGGAUUUUGGGGUUGGUCAGUGAUUGUAAUUGUGUGAUCAGUUGGUGAUUUUAAGACCCAAUUAGAAGAAACUCUUACUCUCUAGGUGGGUUUUGAAAUAUGGCGUUGCUGUGAGCUGGGUUUGAUGAAUUAGGUGUACUGAACAAUUUGGUGAGGGUUUCAGUUUCUUUUAAGGUGAGAGAGUUCUUUUGUUUCAAGAUUUUUGUUAGAGAGAGAGAGAGAGAGAGGGUUCUUUCACAUUCAGUUAAUGAGCAUUUUGAAGUAGGUUGGUGAUUGUAACUCUGUGUUCAUCUGUAGUUUAAGUCACUCUUUAGUUGGGUUUCGAACGUUGAAGUUGCUGUAAUGUGGGUUUGAAGAAUCGGGUUUGCUGAACAAGUUUGUGAGGGUUUUAGUUUCUGUUGAGGUGAGAUGAGUAUGCAGGAAAACAGUUGUAAAGAGAAGGGUUCGAAUGUGGUUGAGAAAGUUGUGAUUGUUGCUGUUAAAGCAUCUAGAGAAGUCACAAGAACUGCUUUGGUUUGGGCUUUAACUCAUGUUGUUCAACCCGGUGAUUGCGUUAAGCUGCUGGUUGUCAUCCCUGCUCACAGUUCAAAGAAAAAGUUAUGGGGUUUUUCAAGGUUCACCAGUGAUUGCGCUGCUGGUCACUGGAAAUAUCUCUCCGGAACUAUUUCAGAUCAGAAAGACUAUAUUACGGAUUUGUGCUCCCAAAUGAUGCUUCAACUCAAUGAUGUUUAUGAUGCAGAUAAGACAAAGGUCAAGGUAAAAGUCGUUUCUGGCUCACCUUGUGGAGUAGUGGCAUCGGAAGCCAAGAGAGCUCAUACAAGCUGGGUCGUAUUGGAUAAACGGCUGAGAAAAGAGGCAAAACCCUGCAUGGAACAGCUGGAAUGCAAUGUUGUGGUGAUGAAACGGUCUGGACCAAAAGUGCUCCGAUUGAAUUUGGUUGGAUCGCCUAAGACGGAAUCUGAAGUGGCCUGCCCACCAUCAUCCAUGUCAGCAGCAUCUGCGGAACAUCUAAAAAACAAGUAUGACCUGUGGAAUGUGAUCCGGGUGCCAAAUGUGACUCCAGCAAGCAGUCCGGAGCAUACAUCAUUCACUACCACUGAUGCCGGGGCGUCAUCACUGUCAAGUUUAGAUCUAGCGGCCUCUCCUUUUAUCCUCUCUGAAAUCAAUUGGGAUCUAAAGAGAGACAGUUUGGUAUUUAAUGAAGGAAAUCAUAAUCUUGAUGAGUCUGAUUCCGACACUGAGAGUGAAGAGUUGAGUUCCCCUUCCCCUUCAACAAGUUUUUAUUCCCGAUCUUGGAUGGCAGAUAUUCUCAGCUCUGCUAGUGAAUUUUCAAAGCAUUUGGUGGAAGGUUCACAAAGAUCGAAUGUCAAAUCUAUGACUUCCAUGUCUGAUGCCUUGAUGGGGAAGUUCUCUGAGCUUGAUCGAGAACAUGAAAUAGGAAUGCUGAAUCAUAGGUUUGAUUUGGACUUGAACCAAAAUGUGAGAGAAGUGAUAUCAUUAUCAAGAAAUGCACCUCCCGAACCACCCCCAUUGUGUUCAAUAUGUCAGCACAAAGCACCUGUAUUCGGAAAACCUCCAAAGUGGUUCAGCUAUGCUGAACUUGAACAUGCCACAAGGGGAUUCUCACAAGCUAAUUUCUUGGCAGAAGGUGGAUUUGGUUCUGUACACCGAGGGGUCUUAUCGGAUGGGCAGGUUAUUGCUGUCAAGCAAUAUAAAUUGGCUAGUUCUCAGGGUGAUCUUGAAUUUUGCUCGGAAGUGGAGGUCCUAAGUUGUGCACAGCACCGGAAUGUUGUCAUGUUGAUUGGAUUCUGUGUUGAGGAUAAAAGAAGGUUGCUUGUUUAUGAAUAUAUUUGCAAUGGGUCUUUGGAUUCUCACCUUUAUGGUAAUUCCUUUAUAUCCCCAUCUGUUUUGUAGUCUACUGCUGCAAUAAUUUGGAAUGCUCAAUAACGGCAGUGAUUUAUAAGCA